GCAGUAUACCGGUGCUGCUCAGACCUGAAAUUAGUUUGGUUGUUGCUGUCGUGCUAGCUACUAGCUAACUUGGCUACUAAACUUAGCUGUUGUCAAAAUAAUGCUCUUAUCUUAGCAAGUAGCAGGGAGUCAGUGUCGGGUGUCGCGUGUUAUUAGACAGGAAAACAGAAUCGCCGCAGUAAGAGAGAGUCACGUAUCUCUGAUUAGAUUUAUGUACGACUUUAUGUUUUUUCUUUGAAACUCCUGUUAAACGCCACAGGGCCUGUGCAGUAUCAUGACACAGUAAAUAAGAUCAAAGACUGAAACGACUGACAGAAACAAACAACGUUCCUUUGCUUUCUAUCGUCAUCGGCAUCAUCUCAGGGACAACAAAGGAGUUGUUUCGCCUUUUUACAUUUGAUCAACGCUGCCUCUUCGACUAACUGGCAGGAACCCACUGCUAAUAUCAGCAGAGAAGAUGGAUACAACAAGUGUGUCCAAUGGAGCUGUGCCUGCGUAUGAAGUGAAGGAGGAAAACCUCAGUCCUGAAGAUCUUUCUGAGAUGCUUGCAGCAGGUACCAAACAGGUCCAUGAAAAGGCUGAGAACACGCAGUUUGUCAAGGAUUUCCUCAAAGGACGCAUCCGCAAGGAACUCUUCAAGCUUGGUGCUGUGGCACUCUACUACACUUACAAGGCAAUGGAGGAGGAGAUUGAAAGGAACAAGGAUCAUCCUCACUUUGCCCCUCUGUAUUUUCCUGCAGAGCUCCACCGCCACACAGCUUUGGCUCGUGACCUUGAGUAUUUUUAUGGCCCAGAAUGGCAGAGUCAGGUACACUGCUCCGAGUCCACUCAGUGCUAUGUGGACCGCAUCCACCAAGUAGGGCAAGAGGACCCAGUGCUGCUAGUAGCCCAUGCUUACACCCGUUACAUGGGAGACCUAUCUGGUGGACAAGUGCUGAAGAAGGUGGCACAGAGAGCCUUGAAACUUCCUCCCACAGGAGAGGGGCUGGAGUUUUAUCACUUUGAUGCCAUCCAUAGUGCCAAAGCGUUCAAGCAGCUGUAUCGCAGUCGGAUGAACGAACUGGAACUUGACAUGGAAACAAAGAAGAGAGUCGUGGCUGAGGCUGUGAAAGCCUUCACUUUCAACAUGGAGGUUUUUGACGAGUUGGAAGAGAUUGGGAAAACCAUCCAGGAGGAGGUUUUAGAUGCUGGGAUGCCUGUCCAUGGAGAAAUGGGUGGUGACAUCAGCAAAUGCCCCUACUAUGCUGCCAAAAUGGCGGCUUCAGGUGGAACGACAUACGCGUGUCAAAUGGCCAUGGCCAUGCUCCGACACCCAACAGGACAAGUUCUGUUUGCUACUUGGUUUGCCGUCCUGGCUGGACUGGCUGCCUGGUAUCUGAUGUGAUCCAACCUUCAGCGUGUCAUUUUUACGCUUUAGGAUGGACAGUAAGGAGACGUGGAGCAUUUCAUUGUUUCAUCGAAACAUUCUUUACAGGUCCAAGUUUAUUUAAUGUUGCACAUUGAUCACGAUGGAAGCUGAUAGCAAAUGUACUUGGAUCUGUUUCUUGCCAACAGAAUUCCAGUGAGAUGAUCUAUAGGACCAUUAGCACGCCAUCCUCAUUCAUUCAUCCAGCCAUCAACAUUCACUUUGUUAGAAUUCAGUCUCCACUCUGUUUUGUUUCUCUACCUCUUUUGCAACAUCCCUCCAUUUUGUGUCCUCCGAGAGUGUUUGGUUGCACCUCAGCACCUUCUGCAGGUGUAGGCUUGCCAUCACUGAAGCACAUAGUGUGAGCGUUUGAGCAUAGUGUGUGACUUUUUUUUGAUGCAACUGAAUUAUAGCUUGGCUAUACUGUUGACAUGAUGCAUGUAGUAUCGAAAACAUACAAACGGUGACCAUAGCAAAAAAAAAAGUAUGAAUAAAUAUGAUUGAAUAUGAAACACUAUGCAUAGGCUAUGCAUAGAAUAACUCAAUAGGUCAAUAGGGUUUUAUUGCAGUGUUGAUUUCUAAUGAGAAAAUAAGAUAAAGUUCUGUACUAUGGUGGUCUUUCACCAAGGAGGUAAUAGUUUUGGCCAUGUUUGUUUGUGUGUGAGCAGCACAUAAAUAAUUCCAUUUUCUUGGAAUAUCGGGUCAUGGCCCAAGGAAAAAAUUAGAUUUUGCUGAUGAUAUUGACACUGUGGGAAACUGAGGGACCUUGUCAGAGGUUGGAGCUCUGAGUGCUUUCUGUAGCUUAUAAUAUCAACAGUGUCUACAUACAGUAUAUAAUAUUUCAUUUCUACACUCUGAUUGCAGCACCGAACAUCGUGUUUAAAGUGAAAGCUGCGGUUAAAGUCGUUAAAGAAUCCAUGAUCACAUUUCAUACUUAGAAAAGGAACUGAAAACAACCUUUUAUUAUUAACUCUACGGCGUGCCUACACUUUAACAAGUGUAUGAUUAUUAAUAAGAAUAUAUUUCACAUAAUGUGAACGUCUAUUGAUGCAUGGUGAAAAAAAGUCAAUUUUCAUGGACAUGUAAUGGAGCUUUCAGCAGCUCAGCUCGUGUGUGCAUCCAUUUGCACAAUAACCAUACUGUUUUCUGCUCAUACUGUAAAUUGGAAUAUUUUCUCAGAUUAGUUUUUUUUUUUUUUAAAAAAACAAGAAGGAAGUUUGAGUGUACACACUCACUCUGACACAGUCAAGGUUUUGACUUUCUAAGCGCUUUUCUUGGACGUGCUGGACACAGAGUACCAAAGGAAAUCUGCUUUUUUUUUUGCACCAGGUUCCUGUGUUGUGCAUUGCACAACACCGUGAACACGUACUGCCAAAUGAACGCGCAGUACUCCCUCUUCUCAGCACAGCUCAUUCAGGGUCAGCUCCACAAGUAGUGAAGCAGUUAAAUCACAGCCAUGAAACGAUGACGACGAAGUGUUAUGUAUCCUAGAGUCUCAGGUUAAUGUUGCAGAAUGACGGCAACGUGGCGCGUUGUGAAUGGAGGACUAACACAAGGACUGCCUGAUUCUCCCCUGUAGUGUCUGUACUUUAGUUUUCACGAUGCCAGUGUUUUUUUGAAAGAGUGUUGAGUGUGUUUGGACAUAUUGAAAAGACACUUACUUGAAUCUUGGUAGAAAGAUAGUUCAUGCUAAUUUUCCUUUAACCCGUGUUCUGAUCACUUUUGUGUAUUCAACUAAACAAAGCUUUAUAAGUGUCCGGUUAGACGACGACUCUUUGUAUGACGGUGAAAGUCCAGUAGUCUGUUGUGCUGCCAAUAGUGGAAUAAAAAAUGUGGAUUGUUCUUGUUGAAAUAAAGUAAUUUAAAUGGA